CAAAGUCGAGCUACUGGGUCAACCAAGCCGAGUCCAGUUAAAUUUAACCAGCCUGUCAAUAUUAGACUUUUGAUACUCAACACUAGCCCAAGCCUCCCACCACCAUCUGACAAUCUUCUGUUCCUCCACUCCAGAGUCAAAAACGAAAGGAAAGAGUUUCUAUCAUAACACGGCCUCUAUUUGGUGACCUCCCGAACAUGCCGUUUUUGAUCAUGGUAUAUACUUGAGCUUAUGUGACCCUGAAAAUAUAUCACCAGCCAAGGGUUUCAGUCAGGGGUAGGGGGCAUUGGACGAAAGAUAGAAAAAAAAAA